AUGUGUGUACUCGUAUAUACUUCCCAAGUCCAAGCAAUAUCCAGAUUAUCCGAACUCCCAGAGCCUAGACAACUAGCCAACCCCAGGUCAAAUCACGUGAGAGACCGGGGGCUCGGAUCGGACGAACCAGAUUUUCCAAUCAAGCCGCAGCAGCAGCAGAUAGCAGCAGUGCAAUUUCCCAACAAUCCCAAGAAAAUGCAUUGUUUCCGAGCAGCUUGCCGGCUGCUGUCUUCUACAGCCCCAGCGCCGUUACGCUCAACCAGAGCACUCCCUUCUAUCCAUUCUCGCCUGGCAGUUCCUGCUCGGAUUUCGCAGCCUACUCUGCAAAGUCGUUGGAAUAGUACCGAUGUUAACAAUGAGCGCAAACCUGCGGAUGAGAGCGAACAGCGCAAUAAGACUGAGGAGCUGGAACAGUCGCGCGAAGAACCCUCUAUUCGUUUCAUUCAGACAGAACAGAAGUCAGCUAGCCAACGCCCGGCUCAGCAGGAGCAGCCCCGGGAGCAGGAGCAGGAGCAGGAAGCACCUGACGCUGAGAAGCAAGUGGAGGCGCGGAGGCGAAGACUCCAGGAGCCACCGACCCCUAAGGAGACGGUUUUCAUCGGUAAUGUCUUCUAUGAUGUGACUCGUGAGGAUCUGAAGAAGGCGAUGGAGAAGUAUGGUGUUGUUGAGAAGGUGGUUCUCGUUCUUGAUAACCGGGGAAUCAGUAAAGGAUACGGCUAUGUCCAAUUCGACUCUAUCGACGCCGCCCAGCGCGCAGUGGAUGCGUUGAACAUGCGUCUGUUCGAGGGCCGCCGCGUGACCGUGCAAUUCGCCCAGAACAAUGUCUACCACCGCCGGCAAUUGAACGCCCCUACCCGGACACUGUACAUUGGUAACUUGCCGUUUGAGAUGACCGACCGGGAUCUUAAUGAGCUGUUCAAGGACGUCCAGAAUGUCGUUGAUAUUCGCGUGGCGGUUGAUCGUCGCACUGGACAGGCUCGCGGUUUCGCUCAUGCCGAAUUCGUCAGCACUUCUAGUGCCAAGGCGGCCAUGGCGAUCCUUGAAAACAAGCUGCCGUACGGACGCAGACUGCGUCUGGAUUACAGCAAAGCCACGAGCAGGACCGUGGUUGGCACGGACCAGUCUGCUCCCGCGGAGCAGUCAUAA